AUGACUAGAACUAACAAAUGGACCGUUAGAGAGAAGACCGCGGACGCGAAGUACUUCACGCGGACUGGGAACUUCGGGGAGUCCCCCAACAACGUGAAGAAGGAAGGGUCCGGGAAGGGCAACUGGGGGAAACCCGGUGACGAGAUCAACGAUCUGAUUGACGAGGGGGAGAUCGGGCCCAUCUUCAACAAGCAGAGGAGAGGGUCCAACAGCGUCAAGAACGAGAGACGGCUCUCUGACGCGCAGAGGAACUGA